UCUAUCGCUCUUGGCUCUUGGUCUUCGAGUUGGUUCCUUCCCUCUCCCCCUUUUGGCCAUUAGCCUCCAAUGGCUCUCCGAGCCCUUUUCCCCUCCCGGUUCGUAUAUCCUAGCCUCAGCGUUCCUCAUCUCCCGCCACCAAGAACCCAUUCCUCCAGAUCACCAGUUAGAUAUAGAUCCAGAUUCAGGUUGAGAAUAGUACAUCAUGAUGUCAGAGCUCAAGCGUCCAACAUUGACACUGGGAGCUAUGGUGAGGAAGGAAUUCACAGUAAUCUCAUGGAUGGUUCUACCAGUGAGACUCCAUCUAAGUUCCAAACACCUCUUUCAGGAAUGAAGUAUCCAUUGUCUAUUGCUGGUGUGCUACUUGUUUGUGCCAUAGCAUUUGUGCUUAUUGUCUCCGUGAAGGGAGGACCUUCAUCUUUUAUAGCCACACUUGCAAAAUCUGGAUUUAUGGCUGCAUUCACAUUGAUAUUUGUUUCUGAGAUUGGAGACAAGACAUUUUUCAUUGCUGCAUUGCUGGCAAUGCAAUAUGACAAAGCAAUGGUUUUACUUGGUUCAAUGGUUGCUCUAUCUCUAAUGACAGUCUUAUCUGUAAUAAUAGGACGGCUAUUUAAUUCUCUACCAGCACAGUUUCAGACAACACUUCCAAUUGGAGAAUACGCAGCAGUGACACUCUUGACAUUCUUUGGUCUGAGUUCUAUAAGAAAUGCUUGGGAAAUUCCAUCCAGCACGAACAGCAAAGAAAAUACUGAACUUGGUGAACUCGUUGAAGCUGAGGAGCUUGUUAAGGAAAAGGUUGCAAAGAAACUCACUAGUCCCUUUGAAGUUCUGUGGAAGUCUUUCAGCCUUGUCUUUUUCGCUGAAUGGGGUGAUCGAUCAAUGUUGGCUACGAUAGCUCUUGGGGCUGCACAGUCCCCUUGGGGAGUAGCCGGUGGAGCCAUUGCUGGACAUCUUUUUGCUACAUCUAUUGCAGUUCUAGGUGGAGCCUUUCUAGCCAAUUACAUUUCAGAAAAACUGGUUGGAUAUCUAGGUGGUGUCUUAUUUCUCGUCUUCGCCGGUGCUACGCUACUUGGGGUUUUCUAGUUGCUUGAAUUACUGAAAUCUGUUUGAACUACUGAAGAAGCAUUCAGCGUUCUAAUGAUACGGCAGCCGAAUAAGUGGAUUGUUAGUGCCGGUAUGAAUUUUUCGUCGAAGAAUUCCACUGUUAAUUCUUGCCGGGUCUCGUUGGGUUACGUCAGGAAUAAACUCAUUUGCUGCUUAAAUUUGCUCGAGUGCUAACCCAUGACCAGAGCUUGGUGCUGUUGUUUGGCAUGUGAAUUUAUUAGGAUAAGAUUAAAACAUCAUCUGUGAGUUUCUUUUUGGUCUGUAAUAUCGUCGAUAUUUCCCUGUUAGUUGAUAGGUUGUAGCUGAAGUGAUGCUUAAGAUCCCGUUCGAAAUUUAUAGUAACUA